AUGGUUGAGUGUUAGGUGGUUACCUUAAUGUGGGGUGAGUUAUACAUACUUUACAUGCUUAUUGAGUUUGCAGUACAAGUUUGGUUAGCUUUGUGAACAAAGAUGUAUAGAUAGGUUUAAAUUUUGAGUUCUUUUAUGGUAAGCUGCUAGGUCUACAUGUAUGGUAUAGUUGUAGGUUAUCAAUUUCUAAAAGUUUGGUUUAAUAUAUAUGUUUGGUAACCAUUAUUUUGAAUCAUGGGAUAUGUGUUUAAUAGCAUAUUUGGUUUAGCAUAUUUGUGCUUUGGAUUGUAGGUCAGAAACUUGUGGUUAACGGAGCCAAUGUACAUGUACUUGCCAUUACUUUUGUACUUACAUUACAUUUUUCAAUGGUUUAAGUCAUUACUGAAUGACAUAAAAUUUUUGAUGUAUUAUAAAUUUAGGUUUGAUGGUGUGAUUCCAAUUGUUAAAAGGCAUGAAUAGGCACAAAUAAAUCCAAAAAUUUUAAUCUCUGUUCACACAUUGGAAGGACUCACUGGGGUUUAGGAUAAAGUUCAAGUUGGGUUUUAGAUCCUGUAGGAAUUUACUGUUAUUGAUAAGGCAAUGUAUCAAGAAUAAGGGUUGGUUACAUUAAGUCAUAGAAAACUUCAGCUGUAGGGUACAGUUUUUUACAGCAUGAUGCCUAGACCAAAAGUUGGUGUGAAAAGAAAAAGAGCUGGUUCGGCGGAAAGAAAAGGAGCAAAGUCCAAAAAAGAUCAGAGCUCUGAUCAUCAGGAGGAAACAUUGGUAGAGAGAGUAACACAGGCGGUGUUGGAAGCAUUAGAGGACAGAGCUGUCCCCGCCAUUCCAGACAGGAGCGAGUCCCCCCAGAGUUUGGAUGGUCAAAAAAUUUCUGGAGGUGUCAUUGGACAGCGAGGACGAACCAACAGCCAUACCAAGCCACCUUUUGCAGCUAUCCAAAACACAGCUGUUACCUUGAUUGAGGCAGCUUUAGCCCCUAAUACAAAGAUUGUCUACAAGCAGGCCCUAAAUUGUUUUCAGACAUUCAUGCAAAGUUAUUACAAUACAUGCAGUAUUAAGGAUGUUUCUCUCGAACACAUUAUUAGUUUCGUUUCCUAUCUAUUUAGUAUAGGCAAAGCACCAAGCUCGAUAACAACAUACUUGGCAGCGCUGGCAUAUUAUUUUAAAAUGUCUAAUAUUCCAGACUUUUCAAAUCAUUUCUUAAAGAAAAUGUUAAGUGGGGCAAAGCGUCUGGCCAGCUCUCCUGAUGUGAGGCAGCCUAUUACUCUGGAUAUCCUGGAAAACCUUUUAGUAGCCGUGCCUCAUGUAGCCAAUUCUAGUUACCAAAGAUGUUUGUUCAUGGCUAUGUUUAUAAUAGCAUUUUAUGCUUUCCUCCGAGUAGGAGAAAUCACAGUUCGCUCCCAUUCUAACCCAAACUUGCUGCUUUUGAGUAAUUUAUCCUUCAAGACAAUAGCCAAAGCAAGUUGUAUGAUCAUAACAAUGACCAACUUCAAGCAUAAUCUGGGGAAAAAUCCUGUGCAUCUGGAAAUCAAACCUCAGCCAAUCCGCAAAUUUUGUCCUGUGCAAAUCAUGAAGAAUUAUCUCAAAGUGAGAGGUGUGAAGGAUGGACCUCUGUUUUGCUAUGGCUCUGGAAGGCCUAUAUCCCGUUCAGAAUUCUGCAAGGUGCUGAAAUCGGCUCUGAAGUUCUCAAAGUUGGACAGGCAUAAAUUCAAAGCACACAGUUUCAGAAUAGGAGCAGCAACUCAGGCUCACCUGCAGGGCUUCUCAGAUUCACAAAUAAGAGUUAUGGGAAGAUGGCACUCCGAGUCAUUUCAGAGAUAUAUCAGGGUGUCCUUGUUUCCAACAUUGUAGUUUCUAUAUCACAAUAAUGUUCUGGGAUAUUUGUUUUUUAGGGUCCAGUAAUAAUGGAUAACUGGCUGAGGCGGUAUCCAUUAUUACUGGCUAAGUAUUUGAGUCUUUUUAACAUUCAGGUGUCUGUAUGAGGUUUAAAUCUCAUAUUGUCAGGUUUGCUGUUUUACAAGAUUAACACAUAUACAAUGUAGGAUAUGUGUCAUAUAGGGUCUACUGAUAAUGGAUAACUGACUGAGGCAGUAUCCAUUAUCGAUGGCUCUUUAUUUUCAUGAUGUUGAAAUCUUGCAAUUUCCUUUUGUGUUAUUAGAGUAAAGUGGGAAGAAGUACAUUGUAUUGAAGUAAUAGAUGUUAACAAUAUAGGGCAUGAGACUCUAAGUGUUGCGAGUUGAUGAUUUAUCAUCUUGAUAGUUUAUAUACUUUUCAGGUUUUAUUUUAACAAGUCUUAUGACAAAGAUUUAUCAUGUUCCAGGUUUAAUUUUAAUAUUAAGGGGCGACUAUCUGAGGUGGCACCCCCAUAUUCGAAAAAGUAAUUGGGAUUAAGUUGUAAGAUGUGUAACGGGUGUUACAAGGUAUUUAACAUCAAGAUGUAGGUGUGUUCACGUGUUUUUAAUUUUGUUUCUUUGGCAAGAAAUGUGUGAAGAAUAUUUUUCAGUAGAACAAUUGUUUUCCUCCAGCUUUUAAAAGGGCUGACAUAUUUUAUGAUCACUUAAUUAGCAUUGCUUGGGAGGUGUCUAACUGAGGUGGCACCUAAGGUUGUCAAGGGAAGUGUACAUGGAUGUUUACAUGUUUAGAUAUAUA